AUGGACCUUGGCGAAGAGCCCCUCGCGAAGCGCCGUAGGCUGGACGAAGAUCGAACAGAUGUCUGGCUUUUAAACUCGCCUUUAACUUCUAAUCUGAUCCCUAAACCAGUCCUACCAGAGCCUUUCGCGUCCCAAUACCUAGUUCUCGCGCGACGCAAGUUCGCUGUUCUCACUGACACUCAGGCUCUGCGAUUCACGCAUUCAGAUACGGCCUCUGGCCUUGGCCCGCGCGAUAUCAUUGUUCAAGAUGUAUCCGCAGAGCUGCCAUGCAAAUUGGUUGUCCAGCCUGUGUCCAAGUCAAAGAUUUCACACACUCUUGAAGUCCGACUCGAAUCCAGUACCGAUCUACAAGCUUUGGAGGACAUUCAACACCUUGAGCACGUAACGAAGGUCAAAGUCAAUAGUUCAAAUGCCGUACUGCCUCUAGCCUGCGUCAUGUCAAAGCUACAUCAGUCUCCUGAAGGUGAUUUACUUGAAGUCUGUAUUCUAUGGCACAACAGUCCGUCAAUCAGAGAUCGGGUGGACCCGAUCUUGGUGGACAUCUUAAACCACUAUCUGCCAGGUGACAUCGAACGCUCCGCUGUUGCCGAACCCUGGAAUCCUCGACAAUUCUAUGACAAUGUCCAUGUACCAGAGAAGUCAGAUAAAACAUCCGCAGAAAUACCUAUCAUUGCUCUCGAGUCCAAGCUGUUCCCUUUUCAGAGACGCGCUGUACGCUGGUUAUUGUCAAGAGAGGGCGUUUCCAUCGAUGAAGAUGGGAUCAUAAUCCCGGUCAAGGCAUCCAGAGGGGCUCUGCCCGAUGGUUUUCGAACUACCUAUACUGAAGACCAAACCUGCUGCGUUGUGAAUAAGGCGGUAGGAAUGGUCACUACGGAUGUGAAGGCAGUGUCGAAUUUUUAUGGAAAUGUAAAAGGCGGAAUCCUAGCAGAGGAGAUGGGUCUCGGGAAGACUCUUGAAAUCAUCUCUCUUAUCUGCUUGCAUCCAAGACCCCCUACGUCUCUUAGGUCUUCGAAACUCAAACACUCAUCCGCCACAUUGAUCAUCACACCACUAACAAUUCUUGACCAGUGGAAGCAGGAAAUUAAUGAACAUGCUCCCAGUUUGAAGGUGUUCCACUAUCAAGGAGUUGCCACCUACAAGAAGCAGGCGGAUAAAGUCAUGGCGCAACUUCUGGAUAGUGAUGUGAUUCUCACAACCUACAAUGUCAUUGCGAAGGAAAUUCACUACGUCAGUGAGAAGCCAGAUCGAAAUCUACGCGGCCGGCCCCGUGCAGAGCCUCCCAAAAGUCCUUUGACGCAGAUCUCCUGGUGGCGUGUCUGCCUGGAUGAAGCGCAGAUGGUGGAGAGUGGUGUCUCAUCAGCAGCCCAGGUUGCUAUGCGCAUUCCUCGUGAGAAUGCAUGGGCAGUUACAGGCACCCCACUUAGAAAGAAUCAUAAAGACCUUUUUGGGUUAUUUCUUUUUCUUCGAUACGAGCCCUGGUGCCAGUCAGUCAGAAUGUGGGAACAUCUUGUUGACUUUCACCGGCCUUUACUCCGAAGUGCAUUGAGCCAGAUCGCCAUGAGACAUACGAAGGAUUUUGUCCGUGAGGAUUUGCGUCUGCCACCUCAAAGUCGGCACACCAUCACAAUACCUUUCACUGCCAUUGAAGAACAACACUACGCCCAACUUUUUGCGGAACUGUGUGAGGAUUGUGGGGUAGACCACCUCGGUGGGCCUCUCACGGAAGAGUGGGAUCCACAUUCUCCAGCGAUUAUUGAAAAGAUGCGUACGUGGUUGGCUCGUCUUCGCCAGACGUGCCUUCACCCAGAAAUUGGCCACCUUAAUCGGAGAGCAUUCCGUCGCACAGAUGGAGUUCUUCGCACGGUGGAGCAAGUCUUAGAUGUCAUGAUCGAUCAGGUCGAGGGCUCCUUACGUGGUAGCCAACGUACCUGGCUUUCAGCAUUGAUACGGCAGGGUCAGAUGAAAGAGAAUGCAAAAGAGACCGAAGAAGCCUUGAAGGUUUGGCGGUACGCAUAUACGGAGGCGUCUGCGAUUGUUCAGGAAUGUCAAAAGCAGUACGAAGAGGAAAUUGCUCUCAAAGAAAGCCUUCGUCACGUCAAACCGCCUGGAACAGAAGAUGUCGAUGUCGACAACGACGACGACAGCCAGCAAUCCUCUGCUGUCAAGGUCCGCCUGCGUUCUGCAAUGGAAACCAAGCACAUCUGCAUCUUCUUCAUAGCAAACGCUUACUUCCAGUUGAAAUCGCUUGAGCCGCCAGGCACCGAGCAGUAUAUCGAGUUGGAGAAGCUAGAAACAGAAGCAUACGAGGAGGCAAAGUCCAUUCGUUCUGGACUUUUGUCAGAAGUGCUUAAAAAUGCCAACAAAGUCAUCUCAGAUGUCGGAAUCCGAGUCACAGAUGAACGUACGCAAAUUCCUGACAUGAAGGCGCCUGAUGAUUAUGCAGGAAUCGAGAGCCGAAAGAUUUUUGAACGGCUUGAGACGUUCUGUGAAGCCAUGAAUAUUCAGGCUGCGCAAUUCCGAGAUCUCCAGAAUGUUAUGCUUGGCUUUUUACGUCAAGCCUUGCUCGAUCAAGAUGAAGGGGUUGAGCUACAGGGUGACGAAUAUGAGAACUCUACAAAGCAGCAAGAUGAGAUGUAUGCGUACAUGGAGGCACUGCGCGCACUUUUUGCCGAUCGCGGCGAGGCCAUCACCGGGUUAGAAAACAACUUGAUCAGAGUUGAGAUGAGGCAGUUCCUACGCUCAGCGAAGGAGGGAGAAGGACCUGCCCCCGAUCUAAUGAUUAGACUCCUUGCCGAAAGAAAAGAGAAACGCGUGGACUGGGAGAACAUAGGCAGUUUACGGGCCAUUAUUGGAGAAAUCAGAGCCCUCAUCACCUCUCUCGAAUGGCAAGCCGGCCUUGGAUCAACCCGAGCUUCGCAUGAGCUUACUAUCAUAUCUCCAGUGCUGAAAGCCGCCAUGGAUCUCAACUCUGCUCAAAUCAAGUCUCUGAGUAGCCUUGAGCAAUUGGUAAAUCAGUUUCGUGACACCAUGAAUGGACGCCUCGAGUUCUAUCGAGCAUUGCAGAAGAUCUCCGACAUGGUCGCACCAUUCGACGAGAAGGGCAUCGGAAAGCCUUUCAAUUGGAAGCAGUAUUAUGAUUUCGAACGUGAAGCUACAGCAUCCAAAAACAAAGUUGAGUCACUCUCGACUAGGAUGCGAUACCUGCUCCAUCUCAAGGCAGAUUCUCAAUCGUCAGCGCCGAGAACCUGCAUCAUUUGUCGAGAUGUUUUCGAAAUCGGUACCCUUACGGUCUGCGGACAUCAAUUCUGCAAGGAUUGCAUCUUAUUGUGGUCGAAUACACAUCGGAACUGCCCAGUAUGCAAGAGGAGCUUGAACUCCAACAGUUUCUUCGACAUUACUUACAAACCGGCAAAAGUAGCUGUCCAAGAUGAGCCCGCCGCCACUAGUAGUUCAGUCCUCGAUGGCAACGCAGAGCGCUCGCUAAGUCAAUCCAUUUAUUCAGACAUCAGCACUUCAAUGCUGAACGAGAUCAAGUCCAUUGACUUACAAGGUCCAAGCUUCGGCAGCAAAGUGGAUUUCUUGUGCCGACAUCUUCUGUGGCUUCGUCGGCACGAUCCAGGCUCCAAGGCCAUCAUCUUCAGCCAAUACCGAGAAUUCCUAGACUUUCUCGGCCGCGCCUUUCACGACUACAAAAUUGCCUUCAGCAGCAUCCACGAUAAGAACGGGAUCGAAAAGUUCAAAUCUGACCCAGCCACGGGCUGCUUUCUGCUGCACGCAAAAGCACAUUCCACAGGUUUGAACCUCGUAGUCGCGAAUCAUGUCUUCCUCUGCGAGCCACUGAUCAACACCGCCAUCGAGCUCCAAGCGAUUGCACGUGUCCACCGUAUCGGCCAAUAUCGCCCGACGACCGUUUGGAUGUAUUUGAUUGCCGACAGCGUCGAGGAGUCCAUCUACGAUAUCUCCGUCGCAAAGCGCAUGUCUCAUAUCCGCUUUGAUCCUCCUCCGAGCAUCAAUGAGGAUCUCUUCCCUGGUAUAUUAGCUUCCACGUCAGCGCACCAGGAGAAUGCAAUCGACAUGGCCAACUCGCUCGAACUCCAGGCCGCCGACCUCAGCCGCCUGUUCACCACGGGAAAGUCUGGCGGCGAGAUGGUCGAAAACGCCGAUCUGUGGCCUUGCCUCUUCGGCCGUGUUAAAGAGCAAGAACCGGUCACCGCCGGUAUGAGUGGACCAUCGUAG